CACCACUACUUCCGGGUUUCGGCAGUCUGGUCCAUAUCCACUCCUCAGUCGCGUUUCCCAACUACUCGCACCCAUUGUACACAAACCAACGAGGAGUUGGCGACUGAGCACAGCAUCGAUCGAGGGCUGCUCCUUUAAGAAAGACUAAGCCUGAAUUAUCACCCCACCUCCUCCUGAUCUCCUUUACAGGGCUUUUGCGUUUUAAAAAAUCAACCCAGGAGCCGAGAGUGAUCAAAAGAAAAACGAGUGAGCUGAAUGUUUUGUGUGCAUUUGACUAUUCACAUUAGGUGUGCUAACCCGUGGAAGCGCGGCGCGGAUCAUCAUUCAUUCCGGGCUACUUUGACAAGCCUCGGCGUUUGAUUGACAGGCGUGGUGGCAAAAAGCCAUGAGACUUCGCUAGUUUUGUUUUGAGGGGUAUUUUCAUACUGUUUUUUUUUUGAAAAUAAGACUGGGGUUUCUCUCCCUAUGCCACUGCCCUGGGGAUAGCUCAGGCCCUAUUCGCGGUUGCUUUGGACUGAACUUGAGCUGAAGAGGGCUGGCUUGAAUUCAUCGUUGCAUUUCUCUUGCAAGAAAUACGGAUUCUUGAAAGAUCUCGCAUUUGGAAUUUGCGUUUUUAUUUGUUCUUCACCCUGGCCUCUUAGGGGAUAUAUCCGAAGCGAAAGGAGAGAAGAAGAGAGGGACUAGAGGAGGGAUAUGGCGCAGCGGUACGAAGACUUGCCCCACUACGGGAUGGGGGUGGGUAUCCCCACCACCAUGUACGGCGACCCGCACGGUGCCCGCUCCAUGCAGGCCGUCCACCUCAACCACGGCCCCCAGCUACACUCACACCAGUACCCGCACACAGCCCACAGCAACGCCAUGCCGCCUAGCAUGGGCUCGUCCGUCAACGACGCCCUGAAGAGAGAUAAAGACCAGAUAUAUGGGCACCCCCUGUUCCCCCUGCUUGCACUGAUUUUUGAGAAAUGUGAAUUAGCGACUUGCACGCCCAGAGAGCCUGGGGUCGCGGGAGGAGACGUUUGUUCAUCGGAAUCUUUCAAUGAAGAUAUAGCAGUGUUUGCAAAACAGAUUCGGGCAGAAAAGCCGUUAUUUUCAUCGAAUCCAGAACUGGAUAACCUGAUGAUUCAAGCCAUUCAAGUUUUACGGUUUCAUCUUCUGGAGUUGGAAAAGGUAACGAACCUAUGUGACAAUUUCUGUCACCGGUACAUCAGCUGUCUGAAAGGAAAGAUGCCCAUCGACUUGGUGAUCGACGACAGAGAGGGCGGAUCAAAAUCGGACAACGAGGAAAUAACAAGAUCAUCCGGGCCUCUUGAUCAGGCGACGGCAUGGACAACAGUGUGGCUUCGCCGAGCACAGGAGACGAAGACGACCCGGACAAAGAGAAGAAAAGGAACAAGAAGAGAGGCAUCUUCCCUAAAGUGGCCACCAACAUCAUGAGAGCCUGGCUCUUCCAGCACCUAACGCACCCCUACCCUUCAGAAGAACAGAAGAAACAGCUGGCACAAGACACAGGCCUCACCAUCCUACAAGUGAACAACUGGUUCAUCAAUGCCAGAAGGAGAAUAGUUCAGCCCAUGAUCGACCAGUCGAACCGUGCAGUAAGUCAAGGAGCCCCCUACACCCCAGAUGGACAACCCAUGGGGGGCUUCGUGAUGGACGGGCAGCAGCACAUGGGAAUCAGACCACCUGGAGCGAUGAGUGGCAUGGGGAUGAACAUGGGCAUGGAGGGACAGUGGCACUACAUGUAGUCUUUCACCUGUCAAUCAAUCGCUCGUCAUAUGGGGAAGACUGCAGGGCAUGCCAGGGAAUUACCUGUCAGACGACGGCACUGCGGCCUGCUGGGCACCCUCACAUCAAAACCAGGACCCACCACUUCAAAACCAGGACUCCCUCCCGUAACCAGGAGCCUGCUCAGCUGCACAUGGCCCUCCCUUUGGGCCUCCCAGGCACCACAUUCCUGGACAUCAUCCCCCCACCCUGCUCUGUCCCACCCAGUGAUGAUGAUGCACAGGGGAGGACAUCCUCACCACCAUGGGUCCAGCCACCCUGCCUAUGCCCCCCUGCCAGCCUCCAGUCCCUAGAUGCCCAUCACCCAUCCCAGCAGACCCCUACCCCCCUUCAUCCUGAACCCUGGACUGCCUCGCCCAGUAGACUCUAAGGGAUUCCUCUUUGAAAAAAAGCGAUUGAGAGACAUUGGGUCUCUUACCCGAGACUGAAGACAACUAAAGAGGCACCUGCUACGUACUAUGGACUCCUAGAAAAAAUAUAAAAAGAGACUUCAUUCAGAGAACUGUACCUCCUCCAAGUCUCGACUGGGGAUGGAUUUGGACCAAGGAGAAGCCAAUGUCUGUAUAACACAGAGGUGCCCUUACAAAUAGGAUUCCAGAAGAGAUGAGAAUGAGGGGAAAGAAAGACAGACAGAGAUUGAAAGGCAAACUAUAUCAACUCCUAAAGGGGAGGGAAGAGGAGAGAGGGGAGAUUCUGUAUACUGUUGUACAAUUACGCUGGACUCUCAAGGAGAACUGGGAAUUGAAGUAUUGUAAAUGCUAUGGUAUUGUUCUGCAUAAUAUGUUGUUUCUAAUCGUUUUUUUGGGAAAAAAAAAGGAUGUGAACUUCUUGUUUUUUUUUUGUUUCUUUCCACACUAUGUGUGUGCUGUCUCUAUGACUUCUGACCUCUGACCUCCUCCCUAUUAAAAUCACCAUGAGUUUAAAAAUAAAAAAAUAUAUGUGAAUAAACCAAUAAUUCGAUCAACCAA